AUGAGGCUUCCAACUUGUCUGCUUCCAGCGGCAACUGGUUUAUUAUCACUUCUAUUUCAGAAUGUCGCUGCACAUUCGCAAAGAGACAGGAUUAAUUAUAUAUCCCUCGUUGAAGAUCCAGUUAUCCAUACUCCGUCACGACGAGUCCACGCCUUUUCGAAUUUCGACGUCACAUUCUCGCUACACCAGAAGAACCAGCGGAUAAAAUUGAGCUUGGAGCCGAACCAUGACAUUCUCGGAUUCGAGCCGCAAAUACAGUUUGUUGACAGUGAGGGCAGUGUCCAGGAAAUACAGUCCAUCGACAGACAUGCGCACAAAGUGUUCAAGGGGUGGGCGUGGGUCGAGACGGACGCCGGUUGGGAGCAAUCGGGCUGGGCACGAAUCGUGGUCCAUGAAGAUGGAGCAAUGCCCUUGUUUGAAGGCACUUUUACGAUAAUGCACGACCACCAUCAUGUUAUGCUACGGUCCAACUAUGUACAAACGAGGCACCCGUCGGACCCAGCCCUGGAGGAUACCACGCAGGAAUACCUGAUCGUUUUCCGUGAUUCGGAUAUCGGUCGAGAUAUACACUCAAACCUCAAACGGUCUUCACCUAUUGAACGCUCUUGCGGUUCCGAUGCACUAGAUUUCAACAAUGACCCAGAUCACCCGCUUUUUCGCCCAGUUGUGAAGCGUGAUCAAAGUACCUGGGCCUCGAUGCCACUCGAAUUCAUGCUGGGCAUCAGCAAACGACAAAACGAUAUUGGAGGUGGAGGUUCUGGUGGCCCGACAAACGUCCGACAAACGAUUGGGAGCACUGCUGGUUGCCCUAAGACGAGAAAGGUUGCCUUGAUUGGCGUCGCUGCUGAUUGUGAAUACACUAAGUCUUUCAACGGCUCUGUUCAGGCAGCACAACAGAACAUCGUCAACGUGGUAAAUACCGCAUCCCAAAUCUAUGAACAGUCGUUCAAUAUCACUCUGGGCCUCAAGAAGGUGCAAGUAGUCCCUCAGGAUUGUCCGCCGACUCCGCCACCCACUGCCCCUUGGAAUGCCGGCUGUGGCACCACUCAAAACCCAGGGCCCAGCAUCACCGAGAGAUUGAACCUCUUUUCGUCCUGGAGGGGUGAUCAGAACGAUGACCAUGCCUUUUGGAUGCUAAUGACAACUUGCAGCUCGGGCCCUGAGGUUGGCCUGGCUUGGCUAGGUCAGGUAUGUGUCACCGAUGCAACUCAGCAAACAGAUCGUGAGAACACCACUACGCAGUCAGUGAGCAGCACUGGUGUAGUGGUGCGGACCCCACAGGAAUGGCAAGUCUUUGCCCACGAGGCAGGCCAUAUUUUCGGAGCCGUUCACGACUGCGAUUCUGAUCUCUGCAGCAACCCAAGAAUCCCGGCUACUUCUCGCUGCUGCCCUCUGGCUUCCGACAGCUGUGAUGCAGAUGGAAGAUUCAUCAUGAAUCCAACGUCAGGCAGAGGUAUCACUGAUUUCUCUGCCUGUACUGUUGGCCAAGUUUGCACGGCUAUGGGUCAAAAUUCCAUUCGUACCGGGUGUCUAACCAACAAUCGAAACGUGGUGACUUACGCCGGGAGUGAAUGUGGUAAUGGUAUCGUCGAAGAAGGCGAGGAUUGCGACUGUGGUGGCGACGAAUUAUGCGGAAGCAACCGUUGCUGUGACCCCAAAACUUGCAAAUUCCGUGAUGGUGCUGUCUGUGAUGAUUCCAAUGAGGAGUGCUGCAGAGGUUGUCAGUUUGCGUCAGCCAACACUGUCUGCCGGCCCGGCUCCGGCCCUUGUGACCCCGAAGAGAGAUGUACAGGCAAGAACGCCUUGUGCCCUGAAGAUGUACAUAAGAAAGAUGGCGAAAGUUGCGGUUCUGGACUUGCAUGUGCCAGUGGCCAGUGUACCAGCAGGGAUAUGCAAUGUAAAGUCUUGAUGGGCGGCAGGCUGGACGGCAACAACACACGGGCAUGUGAUCAGUCGAGUUGCAACAUCGACUGCUAUUCUCCUGCAUCUCCAAACGUGUGUGUCUACGGAAUGCAGAACUUUUUGGACGGGACACCAUGCAUUGCUGGUGGAGUAUGUAAAAAUGUAAGUCAAAUUCCUAUUCCCUCCAGAAUCGUCGUUCUAGCUCGACGCUCACACUUUAUAACAGGGCUCCUGUACCGGAAGCUCCUUUGGAAAAGAGAUAAAGUCGUGGAUUGA